GAUCGACCGGCUCUGUCUUAUUUCGCACCGUGGAAUCAUCGAUACCUUUCUGUCUCGCGACAUGGGAGGCGACCUGGCGGCGGCGCUGCUACUCCGGUGAUGACCGGAGGCGAUGGAGCAGCUGCAGCCACGGCUGGCAUGGAGAACACGAGGAACGAGCCCGCUCGCAAGGGGCCGAAGCUCCGGCGACCAAACGAUCCUCCUGCCCGCUAUGGUCCGCUUGAGGAGGAACUCACAGUAGAAAUCAAUUAUAGCGGUUUUUUGUGUGGAUUUGGGGCCGCGAAGAGCUAUGUUGAUGGCAAGCAAGCAAGAUUUGAUGGCUGUGAAGCAGAUACUUGGUCACCUCUGUGGCUGACAGAUUUCAUGGAGCAGCUAGGUUAUCGUGAUCGGGAUAAGUAUACUUUGUACUGGCUUCUCCCUGGAAUGGAUCUUGGAUCAGGACUCCGCAUUAUAGACCGAGAUGUUGACACAAUGCAUAUGAUUGUUGUUGUUCCUAAAUUUCAAUACUUUCAGAUUUUUGUGGACCACAAAGAUAUGGAUUUUGAUGAUGUUGUUGUAAUUGAUGAUGUCGUGAUUGGUGGCGCUCCUAGUUCAAGGAAGUACGAGCAGCAAGUAGUGGCAAGUCUCCAGCUAGGCAGCAACAACAUAGCAAUGGGCAUGAGCUGAGAAGAAGUACGAGGAAGCUUGAAUUGGAAGAAGAAGCACAAGAUGGUUCAGAUGAUGACAGUGAUAGUGAAUUGGAUGAAGACUGGGUUGAUUCUGACAAUGAGAUAGCUGCCGAUGAUGAUGAUUUGUUUAAAGAAUGGGUAGAUGAGAAAUUUGAGGCAAAAAAGAAGAAGAAAUCCAAAUGGAAGCAGGACAGUGAUUAUGAUACAGAUGAAGAUUUGGAAGAGCUGCAAGUUUCAGACGUUGAAGCAGCUGAUUCAGCAGAAGAAGUAGAAGUCGUGGACAAGCAAGGUAGAAAGAAGAUGAAGAAGAAAGUGAAGUUGAGAAGGUGGAGGCCAGAGAAUAUGAGACAAGUGGAAUUUAGAAUUGGUAUGGUGUUUUUGUUAGUGAUAGAGCUUAGAGGAGCAAUACAAGAAUACAUUGUGCAGCAAAGGGUAGGUGUACACUACAAGAAGAAUGAUUUGCAAAGGAUUAGGGCUUGCUGUGAGCCAAAAUGUCCCUGGUACUUGUAUGUUGCACCCGACAGCAGGUCUAAAGCUUGGACUGUGAAGAAAUAUGCAGGCCAUCACAAUUGUGAAAGAGAUUUCAAGAUAAAGCAGUUCACAGCAAGGUAUUUAGCAGCUCAUUAUGUGGAAAAAUUCAGAUGUGAUGACAAGAUGUCACUGAAGAACUUUGCUAGGAUGAUAGAAUAGGAUUUCAACAUGACAGCAAGUAGAAGCAAGCUAGAAAGGGCCAGAAGAAUUGAACUUAAGCAGAUCCAUGGGGAUGAACUGGCACAGUACAAUUUGUUGUGGGAUUUUGCAGCUGAGAUUGGAAGAUCAAAUCCAGGAAGUACAAUGUUUGUCAAUGCAAAUGUUGGAGUGUUUCAGAACUGUUAAUGUCACUCGAUGCAUGCAAGAGGGGCUUUUGGCAGGUUGUAGGCCCAUUAUAGGCAUUGAUGGGUGCCAUAUUAAGAACAAAUUAGGUGGACUGAUGCUAGCAGUGAAGGAAAUAUGCCCUAGAGGCAAUAAUAAAGUUAUUAUUUAUUUUCUUAAA